AUGGCGAAAAUGUUAGACAAAGUGCCAUCAAGGCUUAAACAGGCACUGGCAUUCUUCAUUAAAUUUCCCUUUUUAUUCAGCAGAGUAACUUUUCAUUUCUCAGAGAUAUUUCUCCCAAAACCGUGAAAUUGGGAGGCUUGUCUGUAGGCCAUGAGAAAAGUUUAAAAAUCUUGAGACUCAUGGCAGAAUCAUGAGCGUUGGCAGGUCUCUACCACUACUUAAAAAUAAAACAGGGGAUGGGAAAAAAGAUAAAUGUUGCUUACCAUUUAAGGGAAAAAUCUGGUUGGGAUGAAGAUUUAGGAAGUAACUGCUCAAUCUUCUGAACAAAUAUUAUUAAUAUAGUCUAAAACAACGUAAGUAUGAGCCAUACAUAAAAAGUCCCUCAACCCAUCUAUAAAUUGCCGCACAGAUUUUUUAAAGAAAAAAUGGUCGCGAUUAAAUCACUGGCCCUUUAUUAGUAUAGGGUACAUAUGUUUGAAUCCUAGGCUGUUAUACUGUGAACUGUUUUUGUUUGUCCAAGUAAUUGCUAAAUGUCAACAAAGUGGAUUUAGAAGAAACUCUAGAUGACCGUACCAGUUUCCUAUUGUGUCUUAGCCCACCGAAUUAGUUUUCUUAGUCUUUAUUAAACGCUAAAUCUUAAUAAACUAAUUUCAUGUCUUUCAGCCCAAAAAACAAGCCACGAAGGGACAGAAACAAAUCCUGGAAGAAAAUAAUUCAACAUUGGAUUUCUAUGCCAAGGUUAUGAUAAGUGUUGAGGUGAGCAAGGCAUCUUGGGAGUUAAAAAUAUCAAAAUCUUCCCAUUAAUAUAAAAAUGAUCUGUCUCCUUCUAAUAAGAGACCUUACAAUCUGACAAUGGUGACAUCAUUGAAAAUGUUACAGAAAAAUAGACUUUGCAUCCUUUCAAACUCUUUUGCGAGUCUCCCAGUUACUUAAAAGAAGGGAAAUUAGGUUGGAAAUGAGGGUAGGGGACCACAUCCAAGUUUAGAUAGAGAUAGUAAAAUUUAUUGCCUUGCCAUCCUUAAAUGAACUUAAAAUUUGGUCAUUUCACAAUGAGUUGUGCAGAGACAGCAGGAGAUUUACAAAAAUGCUUGAUGCACGUGCAGUCAAGUUGUUGUUUUGCUUAUAAUUUAAACCUAUUGCUUUUUUGAUGUUCCUGUUGCCAUGGUUGUGUUAGUUUCCUGAGGUUCCCAUUUUGAUGCUACUACAGCUGAUGCUUUGUUAUUUUUACAUUAUAGGUGACAUAUAUCAUCUUCAGAUUUACAUUUUUUAAUUUCAACUCCAGUUGGUUCUCAUGGGUAAGUCUAUAUCUUGCAGUUGCCAGUUAAGUUUUUUUUUUUUUUGUGAUAUCUGUUUCACCCUUUAUUUAUCAUGAAAUCAUACUUCCUUUCAAAUAGAGUUAUAGACGAUACUUUCUUAUAGGUUCUGCGGUGGAGGAGACUAAAAUAGGCCCACAGCAUUAGGCACAUAGAAUAGUACCUCGAAAAAUGUGGGUCUCAGAAAAUUUGGCUGAAUCUCGAAAUUUUUUUUUUUUCGUCGACGGGUCUCUGAGUCUCGGAUUUGUUGUUGUUUCUCACCAUUUGGCCUUCAGGAGUUGAUUUUUUUAAGGUUCAUGGGUACAGCUUAUCGAACUGAGCUAGUACAAGAAUAAGACAGUAAAACAAAAAGUAGUAUAUUGGUGGGCUUUCGCUAGCUUCUAUUGGCAUUUUCAGUCAUUUUAUGAGCUUUAUUUGCACCAUUGUCUCAAAACUUCUGGCAGUUAGAAUCAUGGCUGGGAUUUGAUGAAAGAGCUUAAGUCUUGGUCUCAAAUUUUAGAACCUGGGGCUGACAGUCUUGCAAAGUCGCAAAUUUACCCUUUUAUACCCCUAGCAGCGUAAGCAUUUGUGGUGGCCUUCUGGUGUCUCUGCAAAGUCUGGCUGAGUGAACAUACUAAACUAUUUCCUAGUCCUUAUAGUAUGUCCUGGGGCAAUAAUGUUUACAGUGUUUACAUAGGGAAAACAGAAAUUCUGCACCGUUUCAUUUGGAAUAAACUUGAGAAAAUAUGGGCUGUCAUUUGAGGGGAUGCAGUUUUACUACUUUAGUUAUUCAUCACGAUGAUCUUGAAAGAUGCUAAGUGACUGUUUUUUCCAGGUUCUAUUAUGUAUGGUCACUGCUCUUUACUUUGGCUGUUACAAGUUUAUGGAGUCAAUGGCAAAACCAACCUAUUCUGAAUCUGGAGCUCUUAUAGAUGGAGGCAUGGACCUGAAUACAGAAUCAGGGACUGCAGAGUAUGUGCUAAAAGACUUUUAUAGGGCUUCUACAAAAUUACAUCCAGAAGAAAUUGCAUAAUCGACAAGAAAUCUCAUCAUUAAUUUACAUUAUUACAUGACUGCAGAGAGGACUGCAGAGCUCAGGGGAGGGUGGUGGGGGAUUCUCCAGAUUUCAAGUGACAGGGAUGAUCAAAUGGGGCCAAAUAUCUAAACCCAAAAAAGUCCCUAGGGCUUCCAACAAAACCCAAAAAACUCCCUGGACCUUAAAUAACCCAAAAAAAUCCCAUGCCAAUUUUCUGAGCCUUAAAAAUCUCCGGAAAGGAAAGCAAGUUUGGUUGUACGGCCGAGAUAUGCAGGCACUAUCACGAAUCUUCAGAUUGUUCUGAAUAGCCAAAAAAAUCUCUAUUUAUCAAGCCACCCCAAAAAAUACUUGCCAAAUUUUCCUACCCAAAAAAAUCCCAGAAUCAAAAAUUUCAGACCCCAAAAAAAUCUGUUGAUUAUCCCUGUUACUUGAAAUCCAGCGCACCCCCCCCCCUCCCUUCCAGUGCUGCAGAGUAUUUGGUAAAAAGAAUUUUACAGGGCUUCUGGAUAUCACAUCCACAAGAAAUUGCAUAAUCUAUAAGAAAUCUCUACAUUAGUUAUUUAGAAAUACAUCAUGCAGACAAAAUCGUAAAAUUUAAAUACCAAGAUUAAUUUAAGGUUUAGUUAUUUUGCAUUGGAAACAUUGAGGAGACCCUUACAAAUUUUUUAGUGUUGUUUAAAAUAUAACAACAAUAAGCUUCCUGUGGGAAGUAGAUGCAAAAGAAAUUGCAUAAUCUGCCAUGUAAUAGUCCGACUUUUUUCUUUUACCAAAUAUUGCGAACUGUUGAAAAUUCUGCAUUAUUUUAAUACUAAUACUUCUGCACCCUGGCACCAGAUGGAAUCCAUCUGGAAACUGAGUAAUAUAUUUUAAUUUUCAGUGGACAAAAACCUUGUACCAGAAUAAUUCAACCCAUAUCGCAUUCUUUUUUACACUUUUUAAGGGCUGUAGAUAUGAAUAGUUUUCUGCAAAAACACCAAAGACAAUUAUUUCUCAUAGGAGCAUGAGAAAAUAAAUUUCAAGUUUCACAGGAAUUGUGAAAUUUCAUGGGUAAGAUUUCAUUUUGUAAAAUUUAAAGCUUUUGAAAGUUGUUUUCUCGGGCUCCCAUAAGAAUUCUCUUUGGUGUUAUUUUAUAUAACUGAUUGUUGCGUCUAUAGCCCUUGAAGACUGUAAAAUAGAGUGCAAUGUGCUUUAACCCAUUCGCUCCUGGAGAUUUUGCCCAAAAACGCGUUUUGAAGCUAGUCGAGAGGUUUUCUGGUCACUGUUGUGCUAUAAAGAGCUGAAACUUACCACAAACCGGAUUACAGGUUGUACACUUGGCGGCCUUCUGAUCCAGAUGCAAAAUAUCAGCUUGCGAAGUUCGGGCAUGCGCAGAAAGCAAAAUUUCGACAUAGUUUUUGGGUUUAAAAGUGACACAGCAGUCUUGACUUUUACUUUUCGCUUUCUCUCCUCCCUUCUUUUUUCGCUUUUCUUGCCUCAUUUUUUUUUCCUCUUGCUGGGCAUUUAGUAGGCUUCAUUUUGGUGGGAAGAGUUUUUAGGAAAGCUUUUAGGAUCUUAGGAUUAGGUGAAAGGAAAGGUAGGUGGGUAAUGGAACAAGAUUUUCAUGGAGAUUUUCAGGUGCUUGUCACGUGGUUUUUUCCUUCUUUCUCCGGUGUCCUUGACUGAAUUGUGCUCAUUCUGGUAUGGUUUGAAAGAUCUCUUCACUCUGCACAAGUUAGCAAAGAAAGUUGUCCUUGACCGUUAAAACUGAUGACGUCACAAAGGGUAGAAAGGACCUGGAUCCGCACGGGCGGUUACGGGCGGUUCAGGGGCGAAUGGGUUAAAUUAUUCUGGUGCAAGGUUUUUGUCCACUGAAAAAUAAAAUUACUCAGUUUCCUGACGGAUUCCAUCUAUUAAUACUCUCUCUGAUAGUUUACAGAUACUCCUUAUGAGAUUACUUUGAACGGAUGCUGCACUCAUUUUAUUACACUUUAAUUCUCCAUAAGGCAGAUGCUUCUUUGAAGGGACAGUUGGGAUUUAAUAUUAUUGCUAACUGAAUUUUAAUGGAAGAGUUAGAAUCAGUAAUAUUGACCUCCACAAAGAGUGGUGCAAUCGUUUGCAUCACUCUAAAACCAGUUAACUAAAAUGCAUGGAAAAGUUUUGUAGUAAACUAAGCUACAUUAAUUUGUCCUUGAUGGAGAGUUUCUUGAAAUUGUUUGCAGACAUGUUAAGGACCUAAUAAUUCUAACAGCAAUAACUCAAGGACUUGCAAUAUUCACAGACUAUAUGUGGCUUAUUAUGCUUCUGGUAAGUAAGUCUUUUUGGUACCUCUGAGCAGGUUCUUAUAAUAGGGUCCUAAAGUGUGACGUCAUAAAAAUUAAAUUUGUGAAAUUAUGGGAUUUUUCAUGGUAUUACGAAGGAUUAACUUCCAAAAGGCCUACUUGCCAAAAAUUAGCAUUCCAGGGCAAAUUGUCUUUGAGAUAUUAGCCCAGUUAAGCUCUGAUGACUCCAUACAAAUCCCUCUACAUUUGACUCAGUUCAUAACAUUAACAACCGAGUCAAAUUUAGAAGGAUUUGUACCGAGUCAUCAGAGCAAAACGGGACUAGUAUCUCCGAGACAAUUUGCCCCACAAUGCUAGUUUCUGGCAGGUAGGCCUUUCAGAUGUUGUUCUUUCAAAAUAUCCCAACAAAUCCCAUAAUUUCACCCCCAUUACAGGUGAAAUUUGGCAUUUUCACGUCGUAGUCGCGCAUUGACGGCAACGAAAUUUACAAAAGAGCGUAAUGCACGUGUAGAGUUGUUGUAUUGCCAAUCCAAUCCACUUGCUUUUUUCACGUUCUCGUUGGCGUCGCCGUCGCCGUCGUGGUAUCAAACUCCCUAUUAACCCAAUGAACCAAGCAGCCGUGACACGGUCCUUUUAAUUUUUAUUCUUUUAGGCACCUUGCAGAGCUAUGUACUUGUUAUGGGUCUACAUCCUGGCCCCUUGGAUAUUUGCACAACCUGAUGAAACGGUGGUGGAUCCAAAGAAACAAAAGAAAAUGGAGAGAAAAAUGAAAAGAGCUGGAAUGAUGUGAAAAAUAAAAAAGACCAACUUACUUUAUCCGCCGUCAAGGAUUUUUAUGACAAAAACAAGGCACAGUGUUCAAGGCAUAGUCCCUAGCAGAAUACAAGUAUACUCAUGGACGCUGAAAGACAGGGCUUGUAUUAAAUGGCAGAAGUUUUACCAGGUCUUGCGAGCAAAGUUGCCCCAACACUCCCACUUUACAAUAGUGUCUGGGCAGACAUUGCUGGCCCAAAAGGAAUCCGACCAUUUAGGGAAACAAGAGAUUAAGUUAUUGGUCAUCAGUUUAAUUUAUUCAAGCAUUUUUUUUUUUUAAAAUUGGCUACUUUUGAGCCUUUGAACCAUUGCCAACCAUGAGAUUUUCGUUAUUCUCCAUUUAGUUUUAACCUUUUGGCUCGCCCGGCUGUGUCAACUUCGUCAAAGCGAGACAAUCAGAGCAUGCGCCUGUGCUGUUUUAGACGAUCAGCGCAUGCGCGAGCUCUGUUGGUUCGGGCAAAGGUGUCAACUUUUGUCUCAUAUAAAUGCUCACGAAGGUUUACUCGGCUGGGAGGGUGAUCCUUCUACACGGGGCAAGUUUUCUUCAUAUAAAUGGAGCCUUAGGUUCCCGUGAGGUGGAAGGAGUAUUGCUUGUUGCGACAAGGAAGGGCUGACGAACAGUUACGACUUUUAGAUAUUUCGAGCAACAACAAUUUGCCGUCUGUCCUCUUUGAAAAGAUGUGUUGUUUCAACCACUCUUCAAAGCACCAUGGACUUUUGACAGGAAAGUAGAGUAUGGCUUUUCCUGUCUGUGUGGCUUCUUUGGCCUUGGAAUUUGAGCUGUUGUCAGCUUUUGGAACGGGCAAAGGGGACAAAGUUUUUCUUAUAUAAAUCCUCGUUAAAGUUGACUCGGCUGGGAGGAUGAACCUCUUUGCCGGAACUACUUUUAUCAAAGGACCAAGAAAAAAAAUAAAAUAUUGGUAGAACCAGG